AUGUCUACCAGACCUGUUCUCAGAGCGCUCGCUCGCACUUCAAAACUGCAACACCGAUCACUCUCGACCACUCAAUCAUGUCUUGCCAGAAAGCACCCGAAUGGCUACGCCCCACCUGCACGAGAAGAUCUAGAAGAACUGCGUGAGAGGACCAGAGAGUUUGCUCGUNUCCGCGAGAUUCCCGAAGAUGUUGCUGUCAAGACAGACCAUGACAAUGCGUUCCCUAACGACAUUCUGCUAGGAAUUACCGCUGAUGAAGAUUAUGGCGGUCUUGCCAUGGGCUACCAAGCACAUUGCACUGUCAUGGAAGAGCUAUCCAGAGCAUCAGUGGGUGCUCUGGCAAUGUCUGAAGUCUCGGCUGGAAGUGAUGUCGUCAGUAUGAAGACGACAGCCAAGGAAGUUGAUGGCGGUUAUCUCUUGAACGGCACAAAGUUCUGGAUCACCAAUGUAAGUGCAUAUGGCAGACUUCCUGAGCGUCACUGA